AUGCCCGGAGCAAAUGCCAGUGUGGAACAGUCUGUCAAAAGCUUCCAACGGCUGAGGGAGCCCAUCGUAUUCUGUAAAGCGAUUUCAAGCUUCUGCGACAAGACCUCCGUGCGCAGAGACUUGCGUGCCCCGGCCCGUCCCAGUGAGCGAGAGAUCUUUCAGAAGUUUGUCUACAAGAUUGCGCUAGUGUGCGACAGCAACUUGUCGCCAGGUACUAUCACGGCCGUUUCCGUUAUGGAGGACGAUGAUGCUUAUUGGUUCCUCUUCGCCUGUAACCAGGUCACCCAUGAGGGAGGCAGCAUGGUUGCUGAGCAUAUCAUUUCACUCUUGCGAGACGGAGCCAUUCGGGAUGUCUCACCGGUAGCAAUGAGACAAAAGAUCCUGGAGCGGAUUCUCCUCUUCAACAGGUCGAAGGUCCAGAGCUAUAUCAAGUGGAUGAUUUCCUGGGCCAGCGAGUUGUGGGAUGAUGCAGACCAGGGUUUGGUUAAAGAUACGCAACUGCGCGAGAGAAUCUGCAAGGUGGUCAGCUGCGUUUACAUUACUGAUUUCGACCAGUCUACUGACGAGAAGUACCUCUUCAAGUACUUCAAGGUCCAUCAUGUGCCCUCCAGCUCCCCCAAGUCGCUGCCCACGGGAAAACGCAGGUAUACUUCCCACGAAAUCGUUGGACGACUGUCAAAUGAGCCGAGCGAGAUAGGAGUCCUCCGAGAAAAAGCCGCCGCGUUUCUUCAUUGCGGCUUGGACGAGGCUAUUGAGCAAGAAGCCAAAAAAGCCAAGAGCCUGAAUGUCCACUGCGAAAUUCUCCUUGAAGACUGGAUCCUGCACUCGCCGGAGGCUAAACGGCUCAGGUUCUUCCGAGGGGACCAAGGCUGGAAGUACAUCGGCGCCAGCAAGCCUACGUGUUGCCUUUGCAAGUACUACUUCGCGGCGAAACAAAACGAUAUUGCCCUGCGACCGAGCCAUGGGAAUCUCUACACGAACUGGCGUUUUCCAGAUAGCCACGGGUCAAAGAAUACACCGCAAGGAAGGGAAUGGCAGAGCACACUCAACAGCGUCAUGCAGAUGAUUCGGGGCGACGCCAUUCGGAUGCUCAUUGAAAGAACUGCCCACUGGAAGAAACACGACUCAAAUACGUAUGCCACGCCUUCUGUAAGGUCGAUUCCUUCGGAUGCGGCUCUCACUGUUCUAGGUUAUGGUCGAAAGCAAAGAGUGAUUGUGUCGCUGCCAGCUCGUGCGAAGGUGACGGUAGUCAAGGAAGAAGACAUGGAGGAUGGUGGCGUGAAGCUGAAGUGA